CAGAGUGAAAUUGCUCGGGCUGGUGCGUCUGGGCGUGAGGGUGCCUGCCUGCCAGUGCAGGCUGCCGGAGGAAGAAAGGGCUGCUAAGGAGAGAUGCUGCACCCUGCACCGCGCUGGGCUCUGAGGAUUCAGGGCGCGAAGAGCUAAGUCCACCCCGAAAGCAGAGCUGCUGGGGAUCCAGGCGUCCCCACCCACUGGACUCUUCUUCGCGGUCAUCCCUUCUCCCGUAGGUUCUGACAGUUGGAAGUGUCGUGUACAACAUGCGGCGAUUAAGUCUUUCACCCACCUUUUCAAUGGGAUUUCAUCUGUUAGUUAUUGUGGCUCUCUUAUUUUCCCAUGUGGACUACGUAAUUGCUGAGACAGAAAUGGAAGGAGAAGGAAAUGAAACUGGUGAAUGUACUGGCUCAUAUUACUGUAAGAAAGGGGUGAUUUUGCCCAUUUGGGAACCCCAAGACCCUUCUUUUGGGGACAAAAUUGCUAGAGCUACUGUGUAUUUUGUGGCCAUGGUCUACAUGUUUCUUGGAGUCUCUAUCAUAGCUGAUCGGUUCAUGUCCUCUAUAGAAGUCAUCACAUCUCAAGAAAAAGAAAUAACCAUAAAGAAACCCAAUGGAGAGACCACCAAGACAACUGUGAGGAUCUGGAAUGAGACAGUUUCUAACCUGACCUUGAUGGCCCUGGGAUCUUCUGCUCCUGAGAUUCUCCUUUCAGUAAUUGAAGUGUGUGGCCAUAACUUCACUGCAGGAGACCUCGGUCCUAGCACCAUCGUGGGAAGUGCUGCAUUCAACAUGUUCAUCAUUAUUGCACUCUGUGUUUACGUGGUCCCUGAUGGAGAGACAAGGAAGAUUAAGCAUUUGCGUGUGUUCUUUGUGACGGCAGCCUGGAGCAUCUUUGCCUACACCUGGCUUUACAUUAUUUUGUCUGUCAUCUCUCCUGGUGUUGUGGAGGUCUGGGAAGGUUUGCUUACUUUCUUCUUCUUUCCCAUCUGUGUUGUGUUCGCUUGGGUAGCGGAUAGGAGACUUCUGUUUUACAAGUAUGUCUACAAGAGGUAUCGAGCUGGCAAGCAGAGGGGGAUGAUUAUUGAACAUGAAGGAGACAGGCCAUCUUCCAAGACUGAAAUUGAAAUGGAUGGGAAAGUGGUCAAUUCUCAUGUUGAAAAUUUCUUAGAUGGUGCUCUGGUUCUGGAGGUGGAUGAGAGGGACCAAGAUGAUGAAGAAGCUAGGCGAGAAAUGGCUAGGAUUCUGAAGGAACUUAAGCAGAAACAUCCAGAGAAAGAAAUAGAGCAAUUAAUAGAAUUAGCUAACUACCAAGUCCUAAGUCAGCAGCAAAAAAGUAGAGCAUUUUAUCGCAUUCAAGCUACUCGCCUGAUGACUGGAGCUGGCAACAUUUUAAAGAGGCAUGCAGCUGACCAAGCAAGGAAGGCUGUCAGCAUGCACGAGGUCAACACUGAAGUGACUGAAAAUGACCCCGUUAGUAAGAUCUUCUUUGAACAAGGGACAUAUCAGUGUCUGGAGAACUGUGGUACUGUGGCCCUUACCAUUAUCCGCAGAGGUGGUGAUUUGACCAACACUGUGUUUGUUGACUUCAGAACAGAGGACGGCACAGCAAAUGCUGGGUCUGAUUAUGAAUUUACUGAAGGAACUGUGGUGUUUAAGCCUGGUGAGACCCAGAAGGAAAUCAGAGUGGGUAUCAUAGAUGAUGAUAUAUUUGAGGAGGAUGAAAAUUUCCUUGUGCAUCUCAGCAAUGUCAAAGUAUCUUCUGAAGCUUCAGAAGAUGGCAUACUGGAAGCCAAUCAUGUUUCUACACUUGCUUGCCUCGGAUCUCCCUCCACUGCCACUGUAACUAUUUUUGAUGAUGACCACGCAGGCAUUUUUACUUUUGAGGAACCUGUGACUCAUGUGAGUGAGAGCAUUGGCAUCAUGGAGGUGAAAGUAUUGAGAACAUCUGGAGCUCGAGGAAAUGUUAUCGUUCCAUAUAAAACCAUCGAAGGGACUGCCAGAGGUGGAGGGGAGGAUUUUGAGGACACUUGUGGAGAGCUCGAAUUCCAGAAUGAUGAAAUUGUCAAAACAAUAUCAGUCAAGGUAAUUGAUGAUGAGGAAUAUGAGAAAAACAAGACCUUCUUCCUUGAGAUUGGAGAGCCCCGCCUGGUGGAGAUGAGUGAGAAGAAAGGUGGCUUCACAAUAACAGGCCAACCUGUCUUCAGGAAGGUUCAUGCUAGAGAACAUCCGAUUCUCUCUACUGUAAUCACCAUUACAGAUGAAUAUGAUGACAAGCAGCCACUGACCAGCAAAGAGGAAGAGGAGAGACGCAUUGCAGAAAUGGGACGCCCCAUCCUGGGAGAGCACACCAAGUUGGAAGUGAUCAUUGAAGAAUCCUAUGAAUUCAAGAGUACCGUGGACAAACUCAUUAAGAAGACAAACCUGGCCCUUGUGGUUGGGACAAACAGCUGGAGAGAACAGUUCAUUGAAGCUAUCACUGUCAGUGCUGGGGAAGAUGACGAUGACGACGAAUGUGGGGAAGAGAAGCUGCCCUCCUGUUUCGAUUACGUGAUGCACUUUCUGACUGUGUUCUGGAAGGUCCUCUUUGCCUUCGUCCCCCCUACUGAAUACUGGAAUGGCUGGGCAUGUUUCAUUGUCUCCAUCCUCAUGAUUGGCCUACUGACAGCUUUCAUUGGAGACCUGGCUUCCCACUUUGGCUGCACCAUUGGCCUGAAAGAUUCUGUGACUGCAGUCGUGUUUGUCGCACUUGGAACAUCAGUGCCAGACACGUUUGCCAGCAAAGUGGCAGCCACCCAGGACCAGUAUGCAGACGCCUCCAUAGGUAACGUCACGGGCAGCAACGCGGUGAACGUCUUCCUGGGAAUCGGUGUGGCCUGGUCCAUCGCUGCCAUCUACCAUGCAGCCAAUGGGGAACAGUUCAAAGUGUCCCCUGGCACGCUAGCUUUCUCUGUCACUCUCUUCACCAUUUUUGCUUUCAUCAAUGUGGGGGUGCUGCUGUAUCGGCGGAGGCCAGAAAUCGGAGGUGAGCUGGGUGGGCCCCGGACUGCCAAGCUCCUCACAUCCUGCCUCUUUGUGCUCCUAUGGCUCUUGUACAUUUUCUUCUCCUCCCUGGAGGCCUACUGCCACAUAAAAGGCUUCUAAAGGAACUAUCAGAUAUAGUAAAUUUAUAUAUAUAUACAUAUAUAUACAUAAAAAUUAUGUAUAACGGACAGAGGAAACUGACAUUUGUCAUGUUCACUUACCUGCUGAUGGAAUCCAGCUUCAAGAGCAUACUCUGUACUAGGGUCGAAGUCAAAAACCAUCACCUCCCAUUCCCAGGGGCAUCAUCAUGUUGAACAAGGCAUGGAGGCAGGGCCAUCUUUGCAGCUCGGUCUAGAAGGGCUGCACUCUCACCAGGUUCAUAAAUCCUUCAGGCUUUGAUUUGUUUUCUUGUUUUUGAUUUUGUUUUCAGUGGGGCUGGGGAGGUAGUUAAUGUUUGGCUUUAUUUUUGUUAUUUUGUUUUGUUUUGUUUUGUUGGGAGAGUCAGGGUUGUUGCUUUUCUUCGUGGGAAGUGAAACCAUCCACAUGUAAAUGGGUUUUGGUAAAAAUUUAAAUCAUUAAUAUUCUCCCUCACCUCCCCCAAUCACUUUAAAACUUAUUUUGGAUUAAGAAAAAAAUCUGGGCAUGGAAGAAGAAAGAAGCAUGUCUUCAUUGUAUUACCAAAGUUCAUGCUUAUCUCCGGAAUGUGAGCAGAGGUGAAGCUGCCUCCAAGAAGAAGCAUGAGAGUGGAAUGGAGCCAGGAAAUCUGAUGGUUCUAGAUAUAGUCUGGUAUUUAAAGAUGUGAUACCCGGCACUCUCGUUUAACAGGUACAAGGAAAACGUGCCUAGAUUCCCAGAAACAUUCGAAAUCCUUUCUUUCUUAUCUCAUUAGCUCUGGACUGUGAUUAGCAAGGUCCUUCUUCCAGCAUCCAGCCCAGCUAAGCCCCCAGGUGCCCCAUCCCAACCCUGUUCCUUCUGUCCACCUGCCAUCCCCUAUGCAAACAGUGAGAAUAACCUCAUUCAAAAAACACAUCAUCAUUUUCCAUUUGCAUUAAUAUGUGUCCCAGUCCCAUGUUGCUGUUGCUUGGGAUUGUCUGUCAGUUUUAUUUUCAAAGGCAUCCAUGGCUUGCACAAUCUUGUUCCAGCCAUGACUGAACAUUUGCUCCUUGUUCAUGUGCCUGUUCGGAAAUGUUGUUGUGAUAACCUGUUACACAGUGCAUGGUGAAAAACAAAUAAAACAAAGAGUAUCUGUAUAUAGUAGAGUAUAGUACAUACUAUUCUCCCAUUCGGCAAUGUUGAUUGGACAUUGAAGACAUAAGUGAGUUUUCUUUUCACCUGAGUUGUUACUUUUGUGUUGUUAUUGAGUUUGAUUAAUUACUAGGGAUAAAAGGAGAAAACGGCUUAUUGUUCAUGGUUCUGCACAUUCAUUUCUAAGAAGCAAUAACUGUCAUGUGGGGAGAAGUUAAAGUUAUUGAGAGGAUAGCAGGCAAACUACAAAGACCUUAAUGGAAAAUUAGCCAUGUGGAACACAUCAGAGGCCUCUAAAAAUCACCCAUUAAUUCAGGAAGGCCAAGGAGAAAGGCCUUAUAGAGGCGUGGGUAUGUUGGAUGUGCCUAGGCUUUCAGAGCCACCCUUUCCACCACACCCCUCCCUCCAAAGUAUUUAUUUCCCAUCUGCACUGUCUGGCACAGAUGGUAGAUAGUGCUGGUUUUUUUUUUUUUGGUUUUUUUUUUUUAUGUAAAAGGCUAUUUUGAGCCCUGUUUCUUUCAAUGUCCAGUCUAGUCCCCUUUGAUUUUAUCAGUAGUUCCUGAGUAAGAAAAAGAAGCCAGGGUGACCAAUGGGCCUUUAAAAGUGUGUCUCCUCUACUUAUGCUGAAAGAGAAGGCAAUUAAAUAAGAUUAGUACCUCCCAGGAGGAUUGGACUGGGAUGUUUUUAACCCUUUAAAAAGAAUAGCUGUUUCUAUGUUGAAAUACCAAAGAACAUGGAUAAACCCAACAUUCCAAAGUAGUGAGUCCACUAAUGAGAAAAAAAAAUAGAAUUUUGGUCACCUCUUGGAGGCUUCUGUGUCUAUAAGGAAUCCCAGGCUGGAUUCAACCCUAGCCCUCUGUAUUGAUUCAAAAAUACUUAAUAAAUUAAAUCUGUUGAGACUUAUUUUUUCUUCUUUCACUCAGUAACCAUGAUCCAUCAUUUAAUAAACAUUUGGUGACUGAAUGAGGAAUUAAAUGCUGGUUACCCACUUAAUGUGCCAAGUAGUGUGAUACUUUCUGGGGACUAAGCCAUGAACAAAACAGUCUAGAUCCCUGCCCUCAGAAGGGUUACAGUUAAUGCGAUUACUAUUUUCGUGAGUAAAAGUGAAGGAAGCCAUAUGGAAAGAUUUUUAUCUUGUAAGAACAAACAAUUAUGAAACUCUUUUAACAUAAACACACUGAAACUGUAUCAAAGCAAUUGUCCAAAUUGUAUUUAUACCCAAGAUUUUCUUUAACUACGAGAGCCUAAAGCAUAUGUUUGGAAAAGCACCCUCUUUAUCCUUGACCAACUUGCAGAUAAAUACAUCUCUCCAUUUUAAACGAAGAAGGGCAAUCAUGUUGGUGAUCCAGAUCACUGAGAAGGCCCAAUGUAUCCCAUCUUUUAUCUUUGUUGGCAAUAGAGCUUUUCUAUGGCCCACACUUUACAAUUCUUUAUUUGUCAUUCUAAUCCAUCCUUCCCAUCCUUUUUUCUUUCUUUGAGAACUGCUAAAUGGAAAGCUAGCCUGGAAGCACCAAGUAAAUAUAUUCAAGGAAUAUAAGUUGUUUAAACAUUAGAAAAAUUUUUGCACUCAUUUUUUAGCUGUAUUAGGAAUGUCGAUAAUCCUGUAGCAAAUUUUCACAGAGAACUUUUAAGAAAUUCUUGCAUUGGUCAAUUUCAAUUUGAAAGCUUUUUGGUUUGUUUGCUUUUAAAAUUUUCAUGUUCUAGGAAACUAUGAUUCUGGUUGUUCAGGAUUGUUAUUAUUAUAGUUGUGUAAAAUUAUUUGUUUAUUUUGUGUGUAUUGUGCACAGCUUUAGGGGGGGAAGUGCACAAAUUGUGCUGUUCCUUAUAAAUGGUACACAUUACUGACACAGACAAAUAAAAUUUCUAAUUGUUUCUGAUUUAA